CACUGGACCGCUACAUAGUGCCGAAUAACAGCCUGGCGAUGCCCUGAUUAGACAUCUAGAUGAACGAGAAGCCGGCUGCGGCCAUUAAACCGGCAGUUUUAGCCAAAGAAGCACGCCGGUCAAGGAGGAUAACGACUCGGCAACGUUAACUAGUUAGACACUAGCCACUCAACCAGGCGCCGACAACCAGCAGCCAUAAAGGUGCAAGUAUAACGUCUAGUUGAUAUUGAAAAUUACCCAUAAAGCUCUGGGGACGAGAUUGACCAAGUCAGAAGGCAGUAAAUACGACACAGUUUGAGCGGGCUCAGCGACAAAGGGGAGAGGGGGAAAUGUUUUUUGUAACAUAUGGCUUUCUGGUAGCCCAAAGAGGGGGGGGGGGGUUAAGCCCCCUUAACCCUCCCCCUAGAUCCGCUACUGGUACACUAAGUAAAUACUAGGUGGUCACAGAAACCCGGACACCGAAACCGAAAUGUCAGACUUUUGUGAACCACGUAGUUAAAGGAUUUGAUAAGAGUUGGAACACAUGAAUAAAAAUUGAAGAUUCGACGAUUAUUCAAUUAGGCGAGUAGACAGGUGUGUGGGUUGCUAAAAGAAAAGGGGAAAAAAAAGAAAAAAAAAGUCCUUCCUCUCCCCGGCGGGGAAUCGAACCCCGGUCUCCCGCGUGACAGGCGGGGAUACUCACCACUAUACUACCGAGGAAGUACUGAUUCUAAAGUGUCGAAAUAUUGAAUAGAUUUGUGAUUUUAAUAAAACUUGUAUUGAAAUAAUAAUAAAUGUGAACGGGUAGGUUUUUGGCAACGCAAUAAAGUCCAAGUACCGCACGUACUCCAAAAAUCCCCGUAUGCCAUUUCUUUUACACGGAUAUCAUCAUAUCUUAUUUAUGCAUGAUGUAAUGGGUAAUCUAAAAAGAGAAAGUGCGCGUUCUCUUGGUAUCUUGUUUAUACUUAGUUACUCUCAUCAUUAUCGUUAUUCAUCCCGAAAAGAUAUAUAAUACAAACUUGCUCACAAAAGACUCCAUCCUCGGAAACCCAGGGGUAUUUUCCUCUAACAUUUCAAUCGCGAGUGAAACGUUAGAGCAAAACACCCCUGGGUCUCCGAGGAUGAAAAGACUCUGAUGCAUCGACUUCCUGUGGUAGAAUCAAAAAGCCCAAACUGUCGUGAUCUCGUACCAGAACAAUGAAAACAAUACACCAAAAACUGGAAUUCGACUCUGCCAAAUUUUCGUCUUUAAUAAGACUUCUUCAGAGAAGUUUUUGGUGUAUUGACUUCCUGUGGUAAAUAUUGUCCGCUAGUCAAAGGGUUGCGGGCUCAUUCUUUCUCAAAAUGGCGGCGAACGAGUGAGUCUCAACAGAAAUCGCCAUUUUUUGUUUCCUUCCUAUUUUUGAAGAAUGGAUGUUCUUCAGGGGCUGAAGCAAUCCAGCAAAGGGAAGUUGAACUAUGAUUUACAGCCUACAAAGCAAGAGUUGAUUGAACCUUGCACAACACCACUAAUAAUAGGGAUAGAAUACGAGAAUGUUCUACAGAAAUUUCAGAAUGCUACAUCGUCAUCGUCAUCACCGACAGUCAAGGAAGCAUCGAAGACAGAGGGACACCCGAGAAGCAAUGAGAAGCCUAAAAAGAAAGAAUUUUUAGCGAAUGCUAGCAAUGACAGAUCUAUGACAAUGUAUAAUUUGAAUUAUUCUAUGAGAACUGAUUACAAGAAAACACCGGAUGUAUCGCAUGUUCUUUUGCGUAGUCGUGAAAAAGAGAAGGCAGAGGAGGUCAACGAACGGGCAAAGAAGCGUGCGUUAAUGUACAAAUACCACGAAGAGAAGCUUAAGGAAGAUAAAAGGUUGAAUUUGCAAAAACAGCAGGAAGAACUAAGGAACAAGAUUCUCGAAGAUGUCCAGGCUUUGCAGGAAGAUGAGCGAAACAAAACAUUGCAAGUGAGAAAUAAGCAGAGGGAGGUUGAGAUAGAACACAGAGAGUAUGCGGCAAGGGCAGAGAGAAAGAUGCGUGAGGUGGAAGAGAGACAGCGUUUGAUUGCAGAGGAAGAGAGAAAUAGACAAGAACUUGUGCAACUGUGCUCAAAACAUCAUGAGAUACAUGCUUUGGUGCAAAAACUUGACGAGGCUGUGAAGCAAUGUAAAUAUGCUGACUAUCUACCAGAGACUACAAAAACUUUCCUUCAAGAAUCAAGCAAAGUGUUUUCUCUAUCACAGAACACUGUAAAGGCAUCUGUAGAUAUGGGUAGGCCAGCAGAAAAUGCAGCUAGACUGUUGGAUGAAUACAUAGGGAUGUUAAAAGUGCUGUUGAAUAAAGGGAUGACAGCUGUAGCUGAAGCUGAACAAAAAGGUAUUAAAGAGAAAGCUGAGACAGAAGCUAAGAAACAAGAAGAGGAGGAAAGGAAAAGGGACGAAGAAAAGAAAAAAGCAGAGAGGGCAGCUGCUGAAGCUAGAAAAAAAAAGGAAAAGGCCAAAUCUGUUCCUGAAUAUUUGGUGGAUUGCACAUCUGAUAGUGCCUUUAAAGAAUACACAAGGCUUGAAAAACUACUUGAGAAAACAGAAAAAGAGAUAGAACCACUUGCUUCCAGCAAAGAGAAAGAUAUGAAGAAAUUAAAACUUGAAUUACAAAAAGCAGUGACCACUCCCAUUAAUACGAUAUCAGACACAUCCCCGUCACAUUUGUUGGAAAAGAUUCAGACACUGAAAGAGCUGUUGAAUGGCCGGGCUGUGACCAACACUGGGAAGACCAUUUCUCUCUCAAGUCAUCCACUUGCCUCGCUGUACUGCAAAAACAUGUUAGCAAAGAAGAUCGUCCAACAAGGUUCUGGUCAAGUGUCAUCUAACCAUAGCGCUGCUUUCCCAUCUGCUGCUGUUGCCAUUGGUGUGUGGUCUGCUUUUCCUGACGUGGGUGAUCUUAUUCUUGCACACUUCUACAGGGAGUGCCCAUUUCUCGUACCCCUGUACAUCCCCAAGGCGCAAGGAACAUCUGACAUUGACUAUUACAAGGGGCUAGGGUACCAGAUUUCAGGAGAUCAGAUCGAGGCUCAGGAUAAGUACCUCAAACGUAUGACUGGGACGGUCCGCCUGUAUGCGGCAAUCAUGUCAUCACCACCCCCUAAGGGAACUGCGCAGCCACACCCUCUUGGUAUCUCACAUGGAUGGACAUGGUUGGCAAGGGUCUUGAAUAUCUCUCCUCGGGCAGAUUAUACAGCAACAGCUGUCUACGAGUUCUUGGAAGUUGCCGGUCAUGUGUUGGUCAAGCUGUACAGAGGACAGUUUUGGAAACUGAUGCAGAUUCUGUGCCAGGAAUUUGUGUCUAAGAUCCAAGGCGUAACAGCAGAAUCACAGAUGGGACCUGUUGUUCGUCUAAAGGGGUUCUUAGAAAAAUGCAUGCUUUCUAAGAACUUUCCAUGCCCUGAGGGUUUUCUGGACUCUCAGUGGUGGAACUCGUCGGGUGGGAAUGUACGAUUGUUCGGUUAUUGAUGUAGCAAAGAUAGACCAAGCACUUGAGAUACUCCUUUCUAAACGCUGGAUUCAUGAUUCCAUACAAAAUAGGAUUCACUGUACUGCUUGUAGCCACCAGGAAUGUGUAUGAUACAUACGCUCGUCUCCCCAGAGACCACCUUAACUGAUACACAUCAAUGAUGUCAAUAACGAAAGCAGGCGUCCAACAAACAAGAAACGCCACUACGAUACUGAAGAGAGUGCGCGUUAUGUUGAUCUCUUGUACACUGAUACCACGGGCGUGCGUGCCGGGCUCCGGGCGUGCCUUGUGGUCAGCCCAGUGUUCGGCUCUGCCAACUUUAGGGUCAAUCCUUCGAGCUCCCCAGCCAGAUAAAGCUUUGUUAUGGGUCUUGAUGACCAUGUAGACCUUUUGGUAGCAGUAGACUAUAACCGCAGAAGGAAAUGUAAUGUAAACUAUCGAAAUAAAUAUUUGGAAUAUA